AUGCAAUCGCCAAAUACAUCACCGGACUUGAUGGAUCCUCGUUAUAGCCAUUUGAGGAUUCAAGCCUCAUCAAGUCGAAUUCUGUAUGACACUCCGUGCAAAGUCUGCAGAGAUCACAGUUCUGGUAAGCACUACGGGAUUUAUGCAUGCGACGGCUGUGCUGGCUUCUUCAAGAGGUCCAUCCGACGCAACAGACAGUAUUCCUGCAAGUCACGGUCGGAAGGACAAUGUGUAGUGGACAAAACUCACCGGAAUCAGUGCCGGGCAUGUCGUCUUAGGAAGUGUUUCGAGGUCGGGAUGAACAGGGAUGCUGUCCAACACGAACGAGGUCCUCGGAAUUCAACCCUGAGGAAGCAAAUGUCCCUCUUGAUCAAUAGGGACCAUCCCAUAAUGACGGAUCUACAAACUAUGAGGAGGGAAUUGAUCAUGUCCCAGGCUAUGCCGAUGUCACUGGCACCUCCACCAGCCCCAAUUGUCUUGGAUCUCUCAGUGCCUCGAUCCUCCCUACUCUCCUCCACCGUCAACUUCAUGCCAAUGGUUACACCAAGACCCCUUCCACCAACACCUCCCCUGAUGGCCGCAGAAGCCAUCCGGGAAUCCGCAGCCCAGCUCCUCUUCCGCAAUGUCGAGUGGCUCAAAAAUCUCCGUGUCUUCACAGAUCUCCCUCUGAACGAUCAACUCUUCCUCCUAGAAGAAUCCUGGCGAGAAUUCUUCAUCCUAGCCACAGCUCAAUAUCUCAUGCCCCUAAACUUCUCCCAACUCCUCUAUGCAUACGAGAUCAUGAACAACAAUCGGGAAAAUCGAGAGCCGACGGCAACUCUCAUGCAAGAAGUGGACAAUUUUCAGAAAAUCCUCCACAGAAUCACCCAACUCCGCAUCGACGAGAACGAAUACUACUUCCUUCGUGCAAUUGUCCUGUUCAAAACCAAUUCCGACGCGGAUUCCGACUCAUCCAGCACCACGGAUGAUGGGGGCCAUACCUGCCGAUCCCUACAGGAGCCCGAACGCGUGAGAAGCCUCCAUGAGGAUUCCAAAGCUAAACUAAGUGCCUAUGUGAACACCGUAUAUCCCAUCCAAGUGCAGAGAUGCAAAGAAUUGCUGCUGAUUUUGCCGGAUUUGGGAUCAGUGUCAAAUUACACAAUAGAGGAGAUUUUCUUCAGGCAAAAUAUUGGAUAUGUUUCCAUUGCCAAACUCACAGCAAAUAUGUACAGUCAACGAAAGGCUCAUCAUUUUGAGUAUCCUCCACCACUCUCCAAGUAG